AUGCCGACAAUAAUAUUAUUAGAUGUGUCUCUAUCCAUGACAAAACCUGUUCAAAUAGAAGAUAGUUUAGAGACAGUAACUAGGAAGCAACUGGCAGAAGUAGGAAUAUGUGCGUUUUUGGACCACCUCAGUAUUCAUUCGAAAUUGGAAUUUAUAUCUUUGAUGGCAUUUUCUUCUUUGUACGAAGAAAGGUGCCCGUUCACUAGAGAUUAUAACGUGAUAAAGGCGGAAUUGAAAAAUAUAGAAGAUUACGAUAAGACUUGCAUAGAAACCGCUUUGCACGGUGUAAAUCAAAUGGUCCUCGGCGAAUGGGGAAAUAACACCGCUUGUCAGGUUUUAUUAGUCACUGACGGUAAUACGGGAUUAGGUUCGAAUUCGCUGAAAGAAUCACUGGCUACUUUAAGUCAACGAUCCGCAAAAUUGCCCUUUCCAGUGCCGUUUUCGUUUCCAGGGAAAUUGCAUAUCGUGUGUUUGACCACACCGAGCGAUUCGAACUUUGUAAAAUCUAAACCCCUCUACCAACGAUUGAUCGAUCUCACAGGCAGCGAUGGAUCCAUUUUAAUACCAGACAAUCUCCACAGCGAAUCCAGCGUAAUCGGUUUAUUCCAAAAACUAGCCGACGAUAUGUACACCACGUUCAAAGGAACGUUGAAAUGCGGAAACAUGGAAUCGAAAAUAGUCCUUUCCCCAGCCCCGGUGCCCUACACGCAAGUCACCGAUUUCGAAAGCACAACCACCAUCAUAUCGGAUUUGAUCGAAGUGUGCGGCUUCAUUUCCGUGUCCGACGUCGGCUCCCCCAUGGCCGUCAGCAGACACCUCAUCCUACCGGCCAGUUCCCCCGUCAAGGCCGCUUCGCCCAAAAAACAGGAGAAACCCUCCGGCGAACUGGAGAUCAUCGACGACGACGCCACCGACGAGGCCAGAAUCCCAUCGUUCUGCGUACUCUUGCACGGCGCCAUUCGAGUGGAGAACGUCGCAGCGCUGGUUAAUAUAGGCGAGAAUUGGUUCGGGUUCGUGUACUCCUGGGCCGAUUCGAAGAAGAAGUCCAAUUUGAUGUUGACCAUACUGACUCCCGGAUCGGACGCGAUCCCUUGGCUGGGGGAUUUGAAUCACCUGGGAUCGGCCGAUUCGUUCUCGCCGGAGCAAGUCGGAGGGUUCCCCGUGAAACCGUUGGAGAAGCGGAGCUAUUCCCAGAACGGAGUGGUGUGGAUCAAGCAGGCCGGCCUGCAGUCCGACAUACAGAAGAUCCUGCGGCACGCCAGGAAGUUGCCGGAGAAGACGCAGCAAUUCUACAAGGAGUUGAAUCGGUUGAGGAAGGCGGCGAUUUCUUUGGGGUUUUUGGAUUUGUUGAACGGUCUGGCGUACAUUUUCGAACAGGAGUGCCUGCAAUUGCCGGGCACCGCUCAUCCGGAUUGCGCCCUGCAGCUUCAGCACGCCGCCGAGGUGUUGAGGAAAAAACAGAAUCCGGACAUUAAAUACGUUGUAAUGCCGUUGAAAACUAACUACAAUAGUUCUUAA